AUGGCAACAAUGGCUGAGCUGUGGACUAACACAGGGUCUGCACUAGCAACCCUUAUGUUCAUAUAUACAAUCUUCAACCAAUACUUCCCCACCUUCGGAGACAACCUCCAGCCCUUCAUUCAACGCCUCACUACUCUAUUCGACCCUUACAUCCAAGUAACAUUCUUUGAAUACACCGGACAAAACUUUAAGCGAAGCGUGCCCUACGAUGCUAUUCAGAACUAUCUCAGCAAAGACUCCUCUGCUCGGGCCAAGAGGCUUAAGGCCAACACUGUUAAAGGAAGCAAAUCUCUUGUGCUUAGCAUGGAUGAUUAUGAGGAGAUAACUGACGAUUUCGAGGGCAUCAAGGUUUGGUGGCAGUCGAAUAAAGAGGAAACCAGGAAGGAGCCUUUCUCGUUUUACCCUGGUGCCGAUGAGAAGCGAUACUACAUGCUCAGGUUCCAUAGACGUGACCGGGAAGUAAUUCUAGAAAGGUAUAUCAACCAUGUUUUCCGGGAGGGGAAGUCAAUAAAGCUGAAGAACAGGGAGAGGAAGAUUUAUUCAAAUAGUUCAAGCGAGGACAACGGACACAAGACAAAAUGA